CGCGAAUUGGCCAUAUAUAUAUAUAUGCUUCUGCCCCAUGCUUCGUUGCAACAACAACUCUUAAUUCUGGCCGUGAGGGUGAGGUAUGCGGAGAGAUUCGACAAACGCAGUUUACGAGUUACAUGCAGCCCAACUAGGCCCGGGGUGGAUCUGAUCAGGGAGGACCUGCCUGGUGGCCUUGUUCUUCACCUCGCACGCAUGCUUGGCAAAUUGCCGGCCGGUGGAGCCAAUCGAAACCUGUUAGGCAGGUUGGUGGGUAAGUGGACUCUACAUAAUGUGAACGCGCGAUUCGUAAAUUCCGUGAUUUGCGCAGGGAAAAAGUGCCACGUUUUUGAUCCAAGGGUGUGAGGUGGUAUAUAUAUAUAUAUGAACGGACCGAAUUGGACAGACUCUUGGAGCUAGUAUGGACGGAAGGAGGGGGAAGAUGCAAGGUUUCCCCAAAGCUCUUAAUUUCCUUAAGAAGCUCAACGGCACUGCUGGUGGUGGUGCUACUGUCGAACACAGUAUCACGACAAGAGCGAGCGGGGCUGCUGCAUGCAACAGGAUGAAGCGCGACUUCGAGCUUCCCUACAGGGCUCACCGGAAUGGUAUCAAGAAGGCUAGAGGACCGGGUCUCAACACAAUGAAGGGUAUGGAUCCCAAGUUCUUGCGAAACCAUAAACGCGUCCUAAAAGGGAUGGCCCGAAAGCGCAGAGAAGAGGCCAAGGCCAAGGCAGAAACCGAGGGGAAGACCGAAGGUGAUGCGACCGAAAAGGCUGCCCCAAUCGAAACCGAAGAUGCUUAA